UGGGCCACGGUGAGGUGGAGAAAUGGCACUUGGUCGGUAAAGAGACUGACGCGCAAAGAGUGGGCGCAACAAAUCGUCGUGGUUACGGGCGGAUCGAGCGGAAUGGGAAAGAGCAUCGUGGAUUGUAUGAUCAGGAAAGGCGCAAAAGUCGUCUCGUUGGAUAUUUUGCCCGCAAAAGACGAAGCAGGCAUAACGAACUACAUUUGCGAUAUUUCUGAGCGCGUCGAGGUGGAAAAGGUCGCAGCGCAGAUCAGGCAAGAGAUCGGACAUCCAACCGUUCUGAUCAACAAUGCUGGUAUCCAGAACAAUCGUCUAUUGAUCGAUCUAGACGAUCAAGAGAUUGAUCGUAUGCUCAAUAUCAAUCUCAAGUCUCAUUUCUAUACCAUUCAGGCUUUCUUGCCGGACAUGAUUCGGCGCGGAAAGGGCCAUGUGGUCCUCACGAGCAGCGUGAUGGGCUACGUCGGUGUUUCGCAAAUGAGCGACUAUGUGGCAACGAAACAUGCCCUGGUGGGCCUGUUGGAAUCGCUGCGGUACGAGCUUGACAAAAAACAUCGCGUGCCCAAGGUCCGAACGAGCCUAGUGAUUCUAGGACACGUACGAACGGCCCUCUUCUCCGGUGCCCAAUUUGGUCCCUUGGCUUCCUUUUUAGCGCCUACCGUCGAGGCUGAGCAAGUAGCGCAGGAGAUCACAGCAGCUGUGGAGCGCCAAGAGAGCACGCACAUCGCUUUGCCAUUUUAUGCCAAUUUGGUGCCUUGGUUGAAGGUGGUGCCUACCUUUUUGAGGGAUUUGGCGCAAUGGGUGAGUAGGCGCCGGACCGGGGCUUUUGCCCGGACGCUGGACCAGAACUUGAGAGAAAUGCACUCUGAUUCCUUGGUUGUCUCCUCUGCCUUUCUCGAUCAUAGAUGGGAGACGCGGACGAUAGUAUGCCCCCGCCUACUCCGAAUGCGCGUGCGCGUGCGCGUGCGCGAAGCAAAGGAGAAUGAGAUGCACGAGACGUCCCGAUCCUGCUUGUGCCGGUCCGAUGCAGAGCAAGCUCAUGGUGGUUGUAGGCGAGGCUCGAGCCGCAAGACGAGCAGCAAUUGCUCCAAAAUGCGAAGAAAUGUAGAGCAAUUUGCCAAUUCCGAGAGCGAAUCCUUUUUGUGA